AUGGAACUCGCAGGCUAUGCCUUCAAGAAGCCUCCAGCGAAGCAGAAGCUCGAGGCCCAGUGCCACCUGACCUACCUCUGCGACGAGGGCAGUGAUGCGAGCGCUGGCCCUGCUCGCCGUAAACGCGGCGGCGGCGGCCGUGGCGGCGGCCGUGGCGGCGGCAGCGACUACGACUACGACUGGGGCUCCAGCGUCUGA